CCUUCCUUCGGCGACCAUAAGCGUGCGGCUCCUCUCGCGUCUCGCAGGCUCACGAUGAAUUCCUUCAUGCUGUUCGCGGGUGUGGCGCUGGCCCUGCUGGCCACCCAGACCUCCUCGCUGUUCCUGUUCCCGGUGGCCACCACGGGCACCACCGCUGCCGCCACCACCUCCGUCACCGUGGGCACGGGGUCGCUCGCGGCCGGCGCGGCGGUUGCGGCUGCAGGCGUGACCGGCCUGGCGCUUGCGGCUCUUCUGGCGUCGCGAGGUCGAGACGAAGAACCCUCCUACCACGCCCCCGCCCCGGCCCCCGCCCCCGCAUACCAUCGUCGCAGGAGGGAUGCCGAUGAGGAGAAGGUGGCCGAGAUGUUCGCCAUGGUCGCCAAGAUGGACACUCACGGCUGCGGCAUGAGGCUCGUGUGCCAGCUCUACCAGAAAUCCCCCCAGAGCCUCACCCUCAGGGAGAAGGCCAUCAGGCUGCUCAUCGGCGAGAAGCCAGAGCCCGUGGCCCCCAAGGAGUCGAGGCAGCCGCGCGCCCUCUACCAGUCCGCCGCCGUCUUCGGAGUCAGGAAGGAAAACUGCCUCGAAAUCUAUCACAUGUGUCCUCUCACCAACGAAGAAGUCAUGCAGUACCUCAAUACUCUCGACCUUGAACUCAAGUGAAUGAUGCUUGUCUGACAUUUUCAUGUCAUAUCCUUUUUCGUUUCUUCAUUAUCCUCAUUAUCAUCAUCGUUAUUACUGUUCUAACUUAUGCAAGUUUUUUACUCAAGCUUUGGCACAUUUUUGUCUUACUGGGCUUCCAUAGAAAGGCUUUUAAUUUAUCAAUUGAAUGUUUUAUCGGUUUUUAGUCUUUGAAUCUACCUCGGUUAGUAAAACUUCACUACUUGAAUGGAAUUAAGACUAAAGUUUUAUAUUUGUUAUGGCAAACGAAUUCGCAAAAGAAACGGCCCUCCUGUAAUGCUCCUGUCAAUGGGAGCGAAGUUUGUGCUUGCUAUAAUGGUUGUUUACAUUCAAGCUUGUUAUUUUGAUUAUGAUGUUCGUGUUGGCAAACGAAUAUAAUUUUCUACGAUUUCUAUGUUCUAAGUAAAGCUAUGAAAAUCGUU